GAGGUUUAUCCAUGUUCUACAUCUCUAACAGUGACAUGCAUGACAUCUCGAACAUACUGUACAACCAGGCACGGUCAUUUAGCAACAUCUGCUAAGUCAAGUUUUUAUACGUGCCCCUCCCAUAGACCUGGCCGGGUCUGCUCACCAGAGCCUAAAUACUUCUAGACUUUACGAGGCAUCACUCCAGGUAUCCUUUUUUUGAUCUGCUGGUAUGCAGCCAGAUCCAUCCGUACUGAACCGGAAACACAGAUACACGGGAAUCGGUGCAUUCAGAGUGCCAUGACUAGCAUUGUUGACUUGCCAUCCGAGAUUCUGGAGGCCAUCAUCGUGAAUCUGAGUGGUAGUCCGCUUUCGAUCGCGGCGCUUUCGAAAACCUGUCGAAGGUUCCUCUCCUUGAUUUACGAGACACCAGAUCAUCAUCUUUGGCGAACAGUUUUCCUAUCGCGAUACGAUGAUCCACGGCUCUCGGAUCGCCUCAAUCUCCAUUCUUUCGAUAAAUCCCUCUGGCGUAACGAAUAUACAAGUCGUGCAUGGGCGGCGGAGCAACUGCAGGCCACUGACAUAUCAGAAACUGAUAAAAGUCUAGGGCUUCGUUUGGAACGUUUCUCGAGUGCACUCGAUGCUAUCUCGAGAUUGUGCACUUCAGCCAACCCUCAGUCCCCCAUUCUGACGCGGGAUGGCACUUCGGACUCUUCUUCGUCCUCGCAUGCGCUGGCACACGACAAGACAAUCUAUCACGCUUACAGGAAUACGAGCCGUAUUGUGCGACUUGCCGAUACCGUAGAAACGCUGUCCCUAAAUCUUCAGCAGCUCAAGUCAUUGACGGAUGGUGGCUGCUUCCACCUUCUUCUUCAUUGGCUUUGCCCGCCCUACAGACAGACUGCCGAAGAUGCGACUCAAUCGGCGUGUAAGCUGUUGGCUUUCCUGGGUACAAGGCAUACCUCAGCGUCCGGUCUUGAGGAAAAUCCAUUCAAAGAUCCACUGUGCAAAGCUGCUCUCAAAUAUGCACGGCGGAGAGCGUAUGACAUGGACUAUCCUGUGAAAGCACGGAAAUAUGGGCCUUUCGUCCGUCAUCGGCGUCAGAGAUUCACAGCUGAUUGGAUACAGCUUGCUGCCAUUCGUUUGCUAUGUGAAGAAGCCGCGUUGGAGGAACAUAGCACGCUUUUUCUCGAUUUGACAGAACUGGGGCGGUUGCGGCCUGGAGCUUGGGUUCCAGAUCUCCGCGAUACUCACCACGAAGUGGCCAAUAUAAAUGAAUCGCACGCAAUGGAGCGUGAUUGGGCCGGGGUAGAAGGGGUUUGGCGGAGGCUUGUUGUUUGGCUUGGAUACGACAACCUAAUCAAUUUUAACGCUGAUAUGAAGAACGACGAUAUCAUAGAGGACGCACAAGUAUAUCUAAUUGUACCCCUACGCUUGCGUAUCGUUUCGUACAAAGAUGAGCCGGACGGGUCUCCGUUAUUCCCAACAAUUCAAUGCGAAGGCGAGAUGGGCGGACAAGGUUGGGACACAUCUGAUGAAGAACAGGCGGAUGUGCAUCAUGUUGAAGGCAGUGUAUCGAUGCUAGCUGAUGGAAGUGUAAGAUGGAGUCUUACAUCGUAUAUGGAUUACACCAACGAGGAGAAACAGUGGGCUACAGAAGGCGUGCAAAUCGGGGGCAUUGGUUCAAUGGCUGGAAUUUUAGGCACUUGGACUGGUGCUUAUCAUGAGCCAGAUGACCCCAUCGGCGGUUGGUGGCAAUGGAAAGUAGGAUAAUGUUUUCGAGACUAUUGACUGCCUGUUGGUAAGUGCCAGCCACUCAGAUCGCAAUCCUUUCAUAUAUUCGAUAUAUUAACAUGUAUCAACUCAAACAGGGCGUACGAGUACCAUAAUUCAAGCGGAUUGAUGGAAGUCAUUACACAUAAGCCAGGAUCAACAACAGAAACUAAGGAACAUCCUUCGUCGUGGAUAUUGCAGUUAGUAGGAUUUGUGAUUCGCCUCCUCUCUGCAGAGCCUGCUGCAGAAAUAGUCGGUACUGCUCUGUGGCAUGGUCAAGCACAUCACACAGGGCGAGACUAGUCCCGACUCUACCGCCUCCCUACAGAAUACCGUAAGGAUCAGAGAUAUUGUCGGCCAAUGAUACAAUUGACACUCACUCGCGAUGGCUCAUGGAGCAGUACUCGCUAAUUUGGACGCCGUUUGAAUCGACGUGAACAGGUACUUCACACCCAGGAAUUGCACAAACAACAGGAACUCCCUGAGGACCUGCGGGCUCUUUAGAUGAACUAUUGUUCGUCAGGAUGCUCGGAAUUUGAGCCGCCGCCUUCUUCACCCAGGAAGUGGAGGAGGGUCUCAUCUGAGUCUGCACUUGCGGGACUUGUGGGACUUGUUGAGUUGCUAGACAAUCCAACGUGUUCAGCAAUGGUCUGCAUCAGAAUAUUCCAUCACC